AACUUCGUUUUGUGACGAAAUACAUCAGCGUACCAACAAAAAUAUGCUUUUUGGGAACUGUCCUUCACAAUUUUUGUCCAAAAUCAUGUCCGCAAAAGAGAUAAGGCAUACUUCCAAUAGACCGCCAAAUUCUGCGAAGUCUUUUCAAGUUCUCACGUUGGACUUUGUCACCGUAGGCUCGCAUCGCCGGUACCAAGAUAUGCGGUCUUGCACUAUCUUUCAUCUGCCAUAUAGUCACGCUAAUAUCUUGCUGUGCGUCUUCUCCUGCAAGGCUGAGACGGACCAUUCCUUACCCGAGCCUGAAAAAAUAACCUCAACAUCAUUUGAGAACGAAGGAUCGAGUACCCGAUAAGUGGUAUCAGUCGAACACCAUUGUCAAUCCCUCCAAUGUUCACCAUUGACUUUUAUUCCACCAUUCAAAUUCCAAUCGGGGCUUUGGGCUGCCACUAGGCGUCUCUCAUAAAAGCACUCGCGAUGGCGCACUCUUUUCCCCAACGGUUCUUCAUUGCGUCAGUAUCUCAGAGUCCCGGCAGACAUGUCAUACUUCCCUGGCCAAUGGUACAACCAACCCAGCAUCAUGCACCAUACAAGCUUUCCCCACCGAAGCCGUGCAUCGAUCCAAAACUCAUCGAUCCCGGUUUUCUCGAUGGCGAACGUGAGUGGCCCGAGGAGGAACAAAAGCCUUUAGUCUCGCCCGCCAGGAAGCGCAAGACUCUAGCGAGGAAGACCCCAGGCGCGGACACGGAUUCAAGCCCCAAGAAGAAGGUCAGGAGCACCCCCACGAAACCUAGGGCUAGUAUCAGCAAAGCUGCAGUCGGUGGUAGCGCUAGUCCAAAGAAGAAGGGGACGCAAACGACAACUGCAGCAGGGCAAUCAGUUCUCGUCGCUGUCCAAGUUAAGCACAUUCUUCUCCAGUUUGACUGCGCAGAUUUCUGGGAAUCGUCCUCCGGGAUCUUAGAGCACAUCCAAAAGCGAGAAUCUCAUCGUCCUGAGCUUACAGGGAAGGAGCAACGCCGAGCACCUUCCCAAACGCCUCUGAAUGUAUUUCCCUGCUGCAAGCCUCUCAUCGGAUUUCUGUACGGUGAAAGAGGUCGCAGCAGUCAGCAGAUUUAUGCCUUCGGCUAA